AUGUCUACCUCAUCUCUAGCCCUCGCCGGCAAAGUCGCUCUUGUGACUGGCGGAUCAAAGGGAAUUGGUCGAGCCACCUCCCUCCGUCUCGCGCGCGACGGGGCUAAAGUUGUCGUCAACUACGCUAGCAGCUCUAAAGACGCCGACGAAGUCGUAAACCUCAUCGGCAGCGAGCAAGCCAUUGCCAUCAAAGCAGACGUCGGAAACGUCGAGCAAAUCGGCAAGCUUAUCGAUGCCACCGUUGCGAAAUGGGGCAAGAUCGAUAUCUUGAUCGCGUGCGCUGGUCUUAUGCGCUUGAAUGAACUAGAGAAACUGACUGAAGCGGAGUUUGAUACGACGUUUAACUUGAAUGUCAAGGGACCUAUGUUUCUUACUCAGAAUGGAAAUGAAGUAAAGGGAAAUGAAACAAAGCUGACUUCAGAACAGAAAGCCGUUCCUCACAUGUCUUCCGGUUCCCGCGUUGUCCUCUUCUCAACCACGCAAUGCCACGCCAGCACCGUGACGCCAAACUACCUGUCCUACAUCGCAUCCAAAGGCGCCAUAGAGCAGAUGACCCGCGGCCUCUCCAAAGACCUUGCGCGCAAAGGCAUUAUGGUCAACUGCUGUGCACCUGGCCCUACGGCUACCGAUCUGUUCUUGAAUGGGAAGAGCGAGCAGCUGCUCAAGGUGAUCGCAGGCUUCAACCCGCAGAAUAAGAUUGGCACGCCCGAGGAGGUGGCAGAGGUCGUGGCGUUCUUGAGCAGUCCGGCUGCGUCGUGGGUUUCGGGACAGGUGUUGAAAGCUAAUGGAGGACAGGCUUGA